CCCAUCACCGCCGUCCACGUGUCCACCGAGUCGGACUCGGUGCUCUUCUAUAAUACCUCGGACGAGUUCCCUGACACGUGGCACAAGCUGGGCGCACCGCUCGUUGAUCCGGCACGGGUCGUAGAACCAGCUCAGCCAGGGCAGGUAAUCGGACCAGUUGAACGCGCCCAACAGGUCGAACCCUUCGCGAACCAUCUCCUCCAGCCGGUCCAGCUCCAACUUAUCCUCCACGGCGUCGUACCGCUUCCCGAAGACGCUCCCCAUUAUGUUGUUGAGCGACGCCAGCUGGAGGUGGGGACGCAGCUCCACGCGUCCCCGCGCCGUCUGCUCGACGGCGACGCCGUCUAGCAUGGCGGCACACUCGGCCCGCCUCAUCGGCUCGUGCGCCGCGAUGCGGCGCGGGGAGAAGAGGUGGGCGGACGCGAUUUUCCGGAGGAGGCGCCAGUACGGGCCGUUGGGUGCGAACCCGAUGGCGCGCUCGAACAUGAGGCUGCGGGCCGACCGCUUGACGGGGCGGUCCGCGAAGCCGACCGAGGUGAGGAUCUCGCGGGCCGUGGCCGGGUCGGAGGAGACGACGAGCCGGGUGGAGCCGCCGAGGCUGAGGGCCAUGAGCUGUUUGUUGUUGGGCCCGGCCCAAGCCAUGGAGGCCAGGGUGCGGUGGGCCAGGCCGCGGCUGAGGGCGAAGAGGCUGCCGAAUAUUGGGAGUCCUCGCGGGCCUGGGAUUUGGGCCGGGACGCGGGAGGUGCGGCCGUGGCGCCAUGCGGAGCCUCCGGGGGUGAGGAGCCAGGUGACGGCGGCGAGGGAGAGGAAGGCGGCGAGGAGGGAGAAGAGGAGGUAGGUGGUUUCGCCGCCGGCGAGGAUGGUUUGGGAGCCGAGGAAUGCGGGGAGGGUGAAGAAGUACCAGUUGGUGUCCUUGGAGCUCAUGAGGAAGUUAUGGUGAUCGGUUGUUUCCAUUUUUUUUUUUUUGUGGGGAAAUGGGAAUGUGGGAGAAGAAGGGAGGAA